GUGAUGCUGGUUAGAGGCGCGAUUUUCUGAACACAGGAAGCGGGCGCUUUAAGAAGACGCUCUGCUGCCGCAAACGGGAGGCAGGCCGGUGUUUUUCCACAACUGAUGUCUAAUGGUCACCCAUGUUGAGAGACAAAGGUCAGAAAAAAAAGCUCAUAAACUAAAUGUACCGCUGCCGCUGUUAUUCAGCACCCAGUCGCCGCACAAUACAGAAGGGACAAGACCGUUUCAAAGGAAUUAAAGGAAAAAAACAGUAAAGCAUGGCUCAGAAGGAGAAACUCCAGUGUCUAAAGGACUUCCACAAAGACAUUCUGAAACCCUCCCCAGGAAAGAGCCCUGGCACAAGGCCGGAGGAUGAAGCCGAGGGAAAACACCCCCAAAGGGAAAAGUGGGCUAGCAAGCUUGACUUUCUUCUGUCAGUCGCCGGGGGCUUUGUUGGUUUAGGCAACGUUUGGCGGUUCCCGUACCUCUGCUACAAGAAUGGCGGAGGUGCUUUUCUCAUCCCAUACUUCAUUUUCCUGUUCGGCGGAGGAAUGCCUGUGUUCUUCCUGGAGGUGGCGCUCGGUCAGUUCACCUCUGAGGGAGGAAUCACCUGUUGGGAGAAACUUUGCCCCAUAUUUACAGGUAUCGGCUAUGCGUCCAUCGUGAUUGUUUCUCUGCUGAACAUCUACUACAUUGUGAUUCUGGCCUGGGGCUUGUACUACCUGUUCCAGUGCUUUCAGCCAGAGCUCCCCUGGGCAAGCUGCAACAACAAAUGGAACACAGAAAAUUGCGUGGAGGAUACCCUCCGCAAGAACAAGACACUCUGGGGGGCUGCAAAUGCCACUAACUUCACUUCACCCGUCACUGAGUUCUGGGAGCGAAAUGUCCUCAGCAUCUCUGAUGGUAUCGAGGAGGUGGGUCAUAUUAAAUGGGACUUGGCUCUGUGUCUGCUCGCUGUGUGGGUCAUCUGUUUCUUCUGUAUCUGGAAAGGUGUUAAGUCCACUGGGAAGGUUGUGUACGUCACGGCAACAUUCCCAUUUGUCAUGUUAAUUGUCCUGCUUGUACGGGGAGUCACUCUUCCUGGGGCAGCCGAAGGCAUCAAAUUUUAUCUGUACCCAAAUGUGACUCGCCUCAGAGACCCAGAGGUGUGGAUCGAUGCAGGGACGCAGAUUUUCUUCUCCUACGCCAUCUGUCUUGGAGCCAUGACAUCACUGGGAAGCUACAACAAGUACAAAUACAACUGCUACAGGGACUGUUUGCUGCUGGGAGGCCUGAACAGCGCUACCAGUUUUGUGUCUGGCUUCGCAAUAUUUUCCGUCCUGGGCUUCAUGGCACAAGAGCAAGGGGUGGACAUAGCCGAUGUGGCAGAGUCAGGUCCUGGAUUGGCCUUCAUUGCCUACCCUAAAGCUGUGUCUAUGAUGCCACUGCCUACAUUUUGGGCCAUUCUUUUCUUCAUCAUGCUUCUGCUGUUGGGCCUCGACAGUCAGUUUGUUGAAGUGGAAGGGCAGAUCACAUCCCUAGUGGAUCUGUAUCCAUCCUUCCUACGGAAGGGUUAUCGGCGUGAAAUCUUCAUAGCUAUAGUCUGUUUUGUGAGCUACCUGUUGGGACUUACCAUGGUCACCGAGGGUGGCAUGUAUGUGUUUCAACUCUUUGACUACUAUGCAGCCAGUGGCGUGUGCCUUUUAUGGGUUGCAUUCUUUGAAUGUAUUGCUGUAGCCUGGGUUUAUGGCGCUGAUAAUUUCUAUGAUGCGAUUGAAGAGAUGAUUGGUUACAGACCAAAUCCCUGGAUGAAGUGGAGUUGGACUGUAGUCACACCUUUUCUGUGUGUGGGAUGCUUUGUCUUCUCAUUGGUUAAGUAUACCCCCUUGAGAUACAACAAAGUCUACGAGUACCCAGAUUGGUCCAUUGGAGUUGGCUGGACCCUCGCCCUCGCGUCCAUGAUCUGCAUACCUAUGGUGGUUGUGAUCAAAAUCAUUCAAUCAGAUGGACCCCUCAUUGAGAGGAUUAAAGCCGUGGCGGCACCCGUGAGGGGAGGGGCCAGUUCUUGCCCCCAAGAGUACCAGCCCAAGAGCAACGAGCUGGCGCAGCCCCUGGACCCCAACUGGAACGGAGGCUUGAUGAAGCCCACACACACCAUCGUAGAAACUAUGAUGUGAACGCUCUCUGUGAGAGGAUUCAAAUGACCUGCUUUUCCAUUAUAUAUAUGUGAUUCUAUAUACAUAUAUUAAAAUAUACUCUGUAACUUUUGACAUAGUCGUAGGACCAGGUUUACAUUGCUACGCAUCUGCACUAGGAGUCCUUGUUUUGUUUUUGUUUUUUUCUACAGAGGAAGUUACAUUUUUCUGUCUGUAUUUUUAAUAUUUUUAUCAUAAUACUAUUAUAUUACUGUUAUUGUCGCUGUUAUUAGACAGAGAACAGAUCGCAACCAGCAGUAUCAUGAACGUAGAACCAUGCCCAUUCUAUUUUUGUAAUUUUUAUCUUGUACAUAUUGAAAUCGAACUGAGCUGUGCUUAUUUUUAGACAAGAAUCAUGGGGGGAUACAAUAUAUAUGAAAAAUACAAAGGGCUCCGUAAACAUGAUUCGUGAAAAGUGACGUUAGUGUACAAAGAUCUAAAAAAAGCCACCCUCGCCCUCGCCCACAGAGAAGACGUCUUUUAGAGAUAAUGGUCCUGGGGUGCGUUUCCCGUACAACAACGUAACUGCACAACUACUAGUACUAUGCAUUGUUGAAGGAAUCAACUAGCUAGUCAUGACUGUUUUAGUCACAAAAUUUGUCGUUCAACCAUGUUGGUUAAUGUCAUGCAGGUGGAGUAAUAACUUCCUUUAAUUAAUCUGUUUGAGUUCAAAUUAAUGCCAGAUUUUUUUGCUAUAAAUUACGGACAUGGCAUCUGAGGACUAAUUCUCAUUUUCUCAGUUAUUUUGCUUUAGAACAAGAACGAUGCACACUCUUCAAAAACGGUUCUUUAAAUCUCUUGACAAACUAAAAGACGUAAAUGACAUUUGUAUAUAUUCGAAAUAAAAGAUAUAGAUUGUACUGAAUGUCAGCAUGCUUAUUUUGCUUAGGAUAAGGAUUUAUUAAGUCCACAAGUCAUACAAACAAACUCUAACCACAGGUCGAGAGCUGCCUUUCCAGUCACACAACUUUGCAAUGUUGUUUGCAAAUGUUCGUUGGAACUAUGGUUUCGGGAAACACCGACUCAUUGAACAUGCUGAUAACGACAGAACCUUCAACCAUAGUUGGCUAACGAUGCUUUUAGGAAACGCACCCCUGACUAGUAGUAGCUUUAAGUGUGUCCCAACAAACUGUUUAGACUGGAGAUUGUGCUGUCCGGAAGACAGCCCUGCUUGUUUUCAAUGCACUAUACCACUAGGACACUACAUUCUCCACAUUGGUGCACCCUUUUAAAAGGACAGUUUGCGCAUAAAAUGAAAAUUCACUCAUCGUUGACAUCCUCAUUUCAUCCAAAAUCUGAAUGACUAUCAUUUUUCUGUGGAACACAAAAGAAGGAUGUUUCAGUUGUUCUCCAUAUAAUGAAAGUCAAUGAUGUCCAAAACACUGACUUUCAUUGUACGGAGAAAAAAAAAGAACAAAAACACUGAAACUUUUCACAAUAUCUUAUUGUACGUUCUGUGAAAGAAAGUACGUCAUACAGGUUUGGAACGACAGUGUGUUAAUGAUAACUGAAUUUUCAUUUUAUGCAUAAACUAUCCCUUUAAGUCUAACUGUUUUGUACGUGUUCCUUUCUGCUGUCACAAGUUGUACUUCGGAAAUACGCAUCACACUAAUUCUUUAAUAGUAUCUCUUCCCUCUUUUAAAGAUGUGUUCACAUUGAACGAUGUGGUAGCAAAUACAAGAACAUGGGCGUCCAUUCUAUUUGUGCAAUUACAGAAAAACAAACUUUUUUCUUUUUUUUUUUAGAUUUUGCACUUAGUAAAUCAGUACGGAGUCCUGCACAUGACAUGCAGGAAAAAAAUAUGUAUAUCGUGGCCAUGAAUUAAUUUGUUCCCACAACCUACUAAUACUUCAGCACGUUUUAUUUAUUCGUUCCUUCGUUUUAAGCUCAUGAUAUAAUAAUAAUUCGCUUCCUUGUUUUACUAAAUUGUGGUCACACUGUAAUGAUUCGUUCCCGUGUUUUAGUUAAAUCAAAACGAUGGAACAAAUUAGUUUACUGUGGCCACAGUUUAGUAAAACGAGGAACUGAAUUAAGUUGUGGGAAUGAAUUCUUAAUUUGUGGCCACAAUAUAUAUUUUUAAGUAAAUCGUGCACACAAUAUAAUUGCUCCCUUGUUUUACUAAAUUGUAGCUAUGUUGAACUAAUUCAUUCCCUCGUUUUGAUUUAGCUAAACGAAUUAGUAAAUAGUGGCCACGAUUUACUAAAACAGGCAGAAUGAAUUCUUAAUUCGUGGCCACGGUCUAUAUAUAUAGUAUAUCUGCCUAUCAUGUGGGGUGCUCUGUAAAUCAGGGCCUGAUUUGAACACACAUCCACUGUGCUAUUCAUAAGUUGCCCUCAUUGAUUCUUAGGCACCAAAUGCGUCCUUAUUUUGAGGUGUCGAAAUGUGAAGCUGCCUGGCAAGAUUUUAAAACCAUGUAGAAUUCAGGGUAGUUUCUUACGUUUCCUUUUCAUUUGUAUCAAGUCUGUUUUUUUAUUUCCAAUCACAUUUGCCUUUUGUAUUCAAAAACAUCACUGCAUUCUGUUCAGCAAUUACCAAUAGAUCUCAUCCACAACUGUUAAUCGAUGAAAAAGCUUGCUGCGAACUGUAAUGUGCAAUACUUUGUAGAACGAUAUGCAUUGUUCCUGUCUUCUUCAGUUGGUACUUGGAGGUGUGGAAUUACAUAUGAUUUAUAAGACGUUGUAAUAUGUCAGAAACAAUGAACAGGGGCCAAUUUAAGCUGCCGUGAAUGGUAUGCUGAAUUAACACCAAAAACUCAAUGCAAUCUACUUACUGUGACAAUUUAUACUUUUUUAAAUUAGAAAGUAAAGCUUAAAUCUAAGGAUUAUGCCAAUGUUAUGGAUUAAAUUUAUUGGAUUUAAUUUUAUUUUUUAAUUUUGACUUGGCCAAGUUAAAAAAAACUCUAGCCAAUCACAAAGGGAGAGGCUCAAUUGAUCUCAACAGCUUCUACAUUGGUACCUUUGGGAUACGUUAUUACAGAAGUGUAACUGCGAAUUAAAAUGUAAAUGUUGAAAGAGGCACAAUUCUUUAGCAAUACAGAGAUUAAUUUGCAGUCUCAGGGUGUUUUUUUCAAAAACAGAGACCGAUUUCCCGCUGUUGUAUGUCUCUUUAAACCCUUCCAUUUUUGAAGAAGAGCUAAAAGGGGGCAGUGUUUGUAAAUGCAGGAGAACCUUUUUAAAGUAAUGAUUAGAAAAGUUUUAUUUUUUUAUUUUGAGGAUAUCUGUAAGUAAAAAAAGCAAGUGUAUAUCGAUAAAAGAUUUUACAGUACCCAAAAAAAGAAAAAACUAAAGAAAAAUGGAAAAAAAGUUUUUAUCUCUUAAUAAACAUUUAUCUUUUAAAAACA